CAAAACAUGGGUACAAACCAAGUUUUAAAAAAAAAUCAAGCUUACCCAGGUGUUAACCUAUUUGUUGGCACCUGGACACACACAACUUAUCAUUUGAAAGCCAUCAACAUUUCAUAUCUUUUGGUAUAAAUAACGCUUGGGAACUGUAUCACUUUAUCAUACUAGGGAUGGCGUCUCCGUUGUUUGGUAAAGUAGCUCUGCUAUUUCUUCUGUCUGCAGGUAAAUAUUACAAUUCUAUGUGGUCAAAAUUGGACAAAAAUGUGUAUGACAAAUGCAACAACAACAAAAAAACCUUUACGUUAACUACAAGAGUCUUGAUAUUUAUUUUGCUUACAUUUAUUUGACAGUGUUGAUGGCAUCAUUACUGGGGAUUUGUUUUAGCUUCUUCUUUCAUUCAUACAUUUUUCCUGCGCCGACUGUUCAUUGAGGAAACGCUCAAGGAGUAGGAAGGGAUCCUUUUACGUCUUUUAGCUGCUUCUACUUCUAUCAGAGCUGUCUGCGUUCAUUCCGUCUAGCCAUACAAUUCCAUCAGAGCUGUGUGCGUUCAUUCCGUCUAGCCAUACAAUUCUAUCAGAGCUAUGUGUGUUCAUUCCGUCUAGCCAUACAAUUCUAUCAGAGCUGUCUACAAUCAUUCCGUCUAGCCAUACAAUUCUUUCAGAGAUGUCAGCGUCCAUUCAGUCUAGCCCAGUGUUUCCUAACGUGGGGCCCACGCCCCACAGAGGGGGGCAAUUUGAGUGUUUGGGGUGGGGGUAACUUAAAAAUGAGCUGUCUAGAUUUUGAGAAACGACCGUCUCCUAUGAUUUGACUGGUAUUUUGAAAAAAUAUUAACAUUUAAGUCUCUAUUUACUUCACAUACUGCAACUGUCAAUCAUAAUUUUGAAGCUAGAUAUGAAAUUUCCUUACUCAUCACUAACUCUUGGAAAAAAUCAUAAUAUAGGAGAGAAUUUCAUCAAACCAUCAAUAUCAAAGCUGAAAAAAUUAUCUGAGUACAAAUGGAUGAAUAAAAUUUGAGAGACAGCGAGGCUAUAUUGAUAAAUUACGUCAGAUCUUUUGAUAAAGGGCAUUUAGCCGAAGAAAUGUUGUUUUGUAAACCAUUAUAAAGCACCACUUCCGCCAAAUAUAUAUGUAUAACAAGCUAAAAAGUUACUCACAUAUCAAUAACAUACCAAUGAAAAAUAUAAUGUCGUGUGCUGCAGAUGGUGCUCCUAAUAUGAUGGGCAAGAAAAAUGGCUGCUUAACAUUGAUCUAAGUCGAGUAUCCAGAAAUGCUACUUGGGCAUUGUGUGAUUCGUAGGAAAAACUUAGUAGCUGAAAACAUGUCGCCUGUUCUAAAUGAAGUACUUAAUUCAGUUCUAAAGUGUAUCAAUGCUGUUAAAGCUAACACCAAAUGUGAACGUCUCUUCAGGCUUUUUUGUGAAGAAUGAAAUGCAAACUAUGUGAGACUUUUACCUCACACUAAAGAAAGAUGGCUUUCGAGGGGAAAUAGCUUGACAAGAUUGAUGAGACUAUUUAAUACUCUUAAGAUUUUUAAAAGGGACAACCUGAUAUGAAGUAUCUGUUAACGGUCGAUGGUGAAGCAUGUGUGAGUCAUUUAUAGCCGAUAUCUUUGAAAAGCUAAAUAUAUUAAAUAACCAACUUCAAGGAACAAAUAAAACACUUGUUGAUUAUAAAAGCGAAGAUAUUUGGUUUCAUUUUACGGAAUUAUGUCAUAAAAUAUUUAGAGGAAAAUUUUUUUUAAAGUGUCAUUGGCUCCAAAACUUUGAAGUGAUUGAGACCGUUAUACUUGUUAUUUUUGAUCAUCUGAAAAUUCUAUCGGCUAUUUUAAAAGAAAGAUUUUCUGAUUUUAAACAAAUGCAUUUUCCAAGUUGCACGAUGCAGCCAGUUUUAGUGGAUUUGUUUGACAUUUCAAGUAUGCAGCAUCAAGAAGAACUCACAUAAAUGCGAAAUGAUGAUACAACUGAUCAUACCACUGCGGGUAUGGGUGUAAAUACAUUUUUGUGUGGUAAACGUUAAGGCAGCUCAAUAUGUGGAACAUAAAACGUCCUAUACAUAUUUGUUCACAUUAACACACAUAACGGUGCUUUAGAUAUAAAAUAUAUAUAUAUAAUUACUGUGUAAUUUAAAAAAAAAAAACCAACUAAUUAUUAGCGAUUGAAUGCGUAAAAUAGAAUAAUUUAAAAAUCAUUUCUUCCUUGCAAUUUUAACGGGCCACUAACAAGUAAUUUAGAAUUAUAAAAUUAGCUUUUGUAAGUACACUGACAAUUUCUUAAGCAGUGAUAGGAAAAUAUUUGUUUUCUUAAUAAUCAACUAUGUCAUGUCAAUUGCCAGCAUUGAAUCAAUCCUUUUCAAGGCACGGCAGUUGCUUCUUUGUAAAUUUAAAAAAAAAAAAAAUGGAACAAAGUAUAUUUAUUUUAUUCAUUUUCCUUCAGCUUUCGAGUGACAGGCUUUCAAAAUAAACAACUCUUAAAAACAUUUUUUUUUCGUAUAAAUAUAAUGUAUAUGCAUUUAAAAAAUAAUUUUAUGUUAUUUUAAUAUUCUAAUGUCCCACCCAAUUUUACUGCGCAAAUUUAGUUCACCAAAUAUUUCUGAAAUAGAAAAGAAAAUAUAAAAUUCGCAUAACGCACUUGCGAUAUUUUUUAUGAUUCUCAUUAAGCGCAGUUAUCAUGAAUUUUAUUGCCUGAAAUCAGUGGCAUCAUAUUUCCUUCAUCUUUUCAUUGAAGAAAAAAGGAAAAACAGAUUUUUAGGGUUUCGGGUAGGAGUUGGGGCUGAACAUUUGAUAGAAUCUGUUGUCAUUUGGCAACGAGAUUAUAUGCCCAGUUUCAACUAGACACUUUGACGGGAAGUGGGUGAACCAGCCGUUCGAAGUUUUUGCCAACCAGGCAGCCACGAACAAAAACGAAGUUAUUAUAUAUGAUUUAAAAAGAUAUUCUGACGAUUUUGACAGUCUUGAAAAAAAUUGAAAUAAGUGACGAGCUCAAAAUUUGUGACACUAAUAUAAUCAAUACAUCAAUUAAUUUUUAAAAAAACAAAAAAACUUGAAUCAUUUGAAAAUGCAUCUUUUUCCAGCUUCAGCCCUGCAGUUUAUCGCCCAACCCACCAUGAUUGAGAUCGGUCUAACUCCUAGCCUAGAUCUCAGAUGCUCGUUUACUCAUGGCAGUGAUCCUGAAAUGGCCAGCCUUGUUUCACUGUUCAUAUCUCGAUCCAGAGACCUAGAGAAUAUCGACUACCAAGAAAUCGCGUCUGUGAAUUCAUUUACUGGUAACAUCAGUAAUGUAGCUCAUGGCAAUGCGACAGUCUCAGGAUUCAUCAGCAAUCUCGGCCAGUCUUAUCUCAGCAUGCACUGGACAUUACCGGGUGACCAGGAGGCUGGACUUUAUAAAUGUGUGGCUAAUGGCGUGGACGGUACAGGACACCCAAUAAGUGUGAUGUCUACAACUCAGGUCACGAGUGAGGUGCCCAGUAUCAGGCAGUUGGUGGAUGAACUUCGAAAUCUUAAGAUCAACAUGAAAUACGCUUUGGAAAAUAUUUGCAUAUCAGGUAUGGUGAUCUCUCAUUCUUUAGUCACCUAACUAUAAUUCCAAUUAAUUUUCUAUCUUUGUUGCCAAUUUUGAAUUUUUCAAAGAUAUUAACUGAUAGCCAAAUGUAUUGAAUAUUCCUUGCAUGAUAUACUGGAAUUAAUACAUGUUAUACAAGUUUCUUAUGUGGCAGUUAAAUUAAGGAACCAAUAAAAUAAAACUCUAAAUGCAGAUGGGGUAGGUUUGUUAUAAAUAUAUUUUUUUUCACGGGUCAAACACAGUCUUAAACAUUUCAUCUCUUCUGUUCUUCCCUGUUUAAAGCUGUCGGGGUUAAUAUGGUGGAGUGAGCAGCUUGGGGUUAAUAUGGCGGAGUGAGCAGCUUGGGGUUAAUAUGGUAAAGUGAGUAGCUUGGGUUAAUAUGGUGGAGUGAGCAGCUCGGGGUUAAUAUGGCGGAGUGAGCAGCUCGGGGAUAAUCUGGUGGAGUGAGCAGCUCGGGGUUAAUCUGGUGGAGUGAGCAGCNAUAUCCCUGGCCAUUAGUGGCCCUGCACAAUAUCCCUGGCCAUUAGUGGCCCUGCACAAUAUCCCUGGCCAUUAGUGGCCCUGCACAAUAUCCCUGGCCAUUAGUGGCCCUGCACAAUAUCCCUGGCCAUUAGUGGCCCUGCACAAUAUCCCUGGCCAUUAGUGGCCCUGCACAAUAUCCCUGGCCAUUAGUGGCCCUGCACAAUAUCCCUGGCCAUUAGUGGCCCUGCACAAUAUCCCUGGCCAUUAGUGGCCCUGCACAAUAUCCCUGGCCAUUAGUGGCCCUGCACAAUAUCCCUGGCCAUUAGUGGCCCUGCACAAUAUCCCUGGCCAUUAGUGGCCCUGCACAAUAUCCCUGGCCAUUAGUGGCCCUGCACAAUAUCCCUGGCCAUUAGUGGCCCUGCACAAUAUCCCUGGCCAUUAGUGGCCCUGCACAAUAUCCCUGGCCAUUAGUGGCCCUGCACAAUAUCCCUGGCCAUUAGUGGCCCUGCACAAUAUCCCCCCUGGCCAUUAGUGGCCCUGCACAAUAUCCCGGGCCAUUAGUGGCCCUUUUAGUGUUCUUUCGGGAAAAAACAACCAAGGGAAUAAAAAGUACUGACAUUUUGAAACUUUAAUUUAUUAUGGGGGACUACACAAAAACUCGAAGUCCAGUUCAGGUCAUAUUGGACCAAAAGGCCUUCAAAUUCAAAAGUGCAAGUCUCAUCCGAUCCACAUGUUCACAUGUUACAGCAGUAGACUAUCUCAAAAUGGACACACAAUUCUCUGCGGGAUAUUAAUCUGGAUCUAUCAAUAAUUUUUUUUGUGGAAUUUGUGCUUGUGUUUAUCAUGAAUCUCUUUUGUAGAAAGUGUCAACGUAUUAGAGCCACGACAUGUUUUUGAAAAUGAGAUGGUGAUCAUGGAAAAGAGAGUGCGGGUGAGGCACGCCUUUAAAACUGAUUGACGAGAUGCCGAGCGAAGCUUAACGUUAUUAGUAGAAAUGGCACAAUCAGAUGUCUGUGCGUUUUUUAUGUCAUUUCGCAGGGAACAUCGAAGUCGAGACAAUGGCCAGAGCCUAGAACUUAAGCUGCUGCUAUUUUGUGAUAUAAAAGUGAGAUAAUGUGAAAAUGCAAAUGUAAAAUAAGGUUUUGAUGGAAAAUAUAAAUCAUCGUAAAAAAAUGUGUUUUUUAAAAAUUUUUUUACAACCAUGUUGCAAAGUCUUCUCUAUUGUUUUAUAUACAAUUCAUAUUGUGUGACUGUGGUAGAAGAUCGAUCCCAUAGGCAAAUUUUCUUUUUAUGUGGGGGCCUGUCCGGGAUUUGAGCCCAGACCCUCGAAACAGGUGGUCUGUUUGUUUAUCCCACUCUUUCCAUUUAAAGCACAAAUGCUUCGUAGCUUGGGCUAAAACAUAUAUAAAAAAUAUAAAUAAAAAGUAUAUAUCAAAUAGAAAUUAUUAUGUUUCUCACAAACAUGUUUAAUAUUCUACAGGGUGCUGGCAGACCAGACUUGAACUGAUGAAGAACGCGAGGUUUGAAAUCUCCUCUCUGUACAAAGGACGCAGGUAUCUCUUGUCUAAACUGGCCGACAUCGCGUCUGCCCCCGUGGCCCAGGAAUCGUGUGAAUUGUACGGGGGUUAUCUCGCCGAGAUCGAUGACGACGAUGAGUUGCAUUUCGUACAAAACUUCAUCAAAACUCGCAGCAACAUCGAUUACAGGAUGGUUCUCAUCGGAGGCACGGACGACGGACACGAGCAUGUCUGGUACUAUCAGCGUGACGGCAGGGCCAUGACAUACACAAAUUGGGCACCCGGUCAGCCGAUAGUCGACCCGACAACCAACUGUGUGUACCUGUGGGCAGAUUUUAGCUGGUUGAUGGAUGAUUACCACUGCUUUCAACUGGAUAGGACAUUUAAUCCUCGAUAUCUCUGUGAAGUACCAGAGACCUAAACUUGUUUUCUCCAAUUAAAAAAAAAAAUCCUUAAAAUAUUAUCUUGCUUUUUUUUUCUUCGCAAAACACAAUAACGAUUGUGAUGAACUAUUAAAAGCUUUGUAUCACUUGGACAAAUCAAGUUCAAUUUCGCUUCAUAUUCAACUUAACCUAUUCAACUAUUCAACGUUGUCGUGUAAUUUGGACUUUUUAUUCCCUGAACAUAAUCGGAAUCAAAAUAAGGCCAUAAAAUAGACUUAAAACCUAAGGUGUUGGCCGUGGUUAUUUGACGGCCCAGCGGUUAUCAAAUUAAAUGGUUUUCAUUAUCAAAGACAAUAUCUCUUAUCAAAUAGUAAUAAUGACUCACUCCUUGUAAAACUUUUUUUUUUGUUAUAAAUAUUUAUUUGAUAUAUUUAUACUAUUUUUAAAAAUAAAAUCUAUAUAUAAAAAAAAAACACCGGGUAUUUUUCCAGUACCUUUCUUUCAUGAAAUGAAUAUUGUUAUGUAGAGCUUGUUUACAACACUUUCCUCGUGCGUGCACUUUGGUUGACCCCACAUGAGACACUACGUUCAUAGAUGGGCGUGGCGUAGUCUUUUAAACUGUCGUGUUUAUUGCCGACAGCAACUAAAAAUAAUUAACUUGUUCUCAGUGGUGUUUUGUCGAAUGUUCGCGAUUGUAUUAGAAAAAUAAAGGCGUUUCUGGACGCGUCGGUAGACACACUAUAUAAAUAAAGGGUUUCGGAGAUUGAGAGAGAGAUUCAGACGGAUAUUGAGAUAGACGAGGAUAGAGAUUAUUAACUUUACGAGACAAUUGUGUACUCAUAUGUGUUUAUUCGCAUUGAUCAUUCAUCAUUAUUAAUUGGCACAUUGUACUAACAACAGUGUACCGGUAAAAGAUUUUCACAUACUUUGUAAGUUGAUGAUUUGUGAUUAUAUUUCUUUUGUUUUGUAAUUGUAUUAUUACUAAAUUAAAUCUCAUUAAUUGUAA